CCACUAACCAAAAGAUUUGGUUUGCUCUUUUUUCCCACCAGGGCAACUUUGGACCAGUAUUAAACAGAGUUGGAAAAGCUGACAAGUAGCUUGCUAAGUUCCAUGGCUAGGAACCUUGGACUCGAACCAGGAAAGUUGUUGAGUUUGUUCGAAGAAGGUAUGCAGGGUGUGAGAAUGAACUACUAUCCGCCAUGUAAGGAAGCAACCAAAGUUAUUGGUGUUGCUCCACAUUCCGACGCCACUGGAUUAACAUUGUUGGCUCAAGUGAAUGAAGUACAAGGACUGCAAAUCAAGAGAGAUGGGAAAUGGGUUCCCAUUGAUCCCAUUCCAGGUGCCUUCAUUGUAAAUGUUGGCGACAUCAUUGAGAUCAUGAGCAAUGGAAAAUACAAGAGCAUCGAGCAUAGAGCAGUAGCGAAUCCAGAAAAAGGGCGACUUUCGAUUGCAGCAUUCCACAACCCAAACUUUAGUGCCACGAUUGGACCAUUGUCGGACCUUCUCACCAAGGACCAGAAGGGACAAGCACCAAAUUACAAAUUCAUAUCACACGAGGAUUAUUUGAAGCUUGGGGCAAAAAUUAAACUCGACUGCAAAGGAAAAGGCCUUAUUCAUCAAAUGAAAAUACAACCUGAAGCCCUCGAUGGUGAAAAAUAGUUGCGAAGUUCAAAAUAAACUAGUUCAAUGCAUUUUUACUUCAAAUUGUGUGACAAUGAUGGAAAAGACGUAUGAUGAUCCAAUUUUAUCGAGUGAAUUUUUAAAUAGUUACUUCAUAUAUUUGAAAUUACAUCACUUAUAGCAAUUAUGAGGAUGAGCACACCCAUUGCACUUUUUUAUGAUGAAAAUAGGGCGCUAAAGGUGCCCUAACCGUUAUUAAUCAAACCAAACGGGGUGUUUGAGCCUCAACAUG